AUGGCGGCGCGGCACAUGGACCACACGCAGUGGCUGGCGAAGCUGGUGGCCUUUGACACCACCAGCCGCAACUCGAACCUCGAGCUCAUCCACUACUGCAGGGACUACCUGGAGGGGGUCGGCGUCAAGUGCACGCUGAUCCACAACCCCGAGAGGACGAAGGCGAACCUGUGGGCGACGCUGCCGGGCGACGGCGGCGUGACCGACGGCGGCAUCAUUUUCUCCGGCCACACCGACGUGGUGCCGGUGGACGGGCAGAAGUGGGACAGCGACCCGUUCACGCUGACGGAGAGGGACGGGAAGUUGUACGGGCGCGGGACGUCCGACAUGAAGGGCUUCGUCGCCGUCUGCAUGUCGCUCACCCCCGAGCUGCUGAAGAUGAAGCGGGCGAAGCCGAUCCACUUUUCGUGGUCGUACGACGAGGAGCCGGGCUGCGUCGGCGGGAAGGUGCUGGCGGAGUUCCUGCGGGACCACCACAUCAGGGUGGACGGCUGCAUCAUCGGGGAGCCGAGUAAUAUGCGGGUGCAGACCGGCCACAAGGGCGCCUACCGCUUUCGCGUGCGCGUGCACGGCAAGGCGGUGCACUCGUCGCUCGCGCUGACCGGCGAAGGCUGCAACGCCAUCGACUACGCCGCGAAGCUCGUUGUGAAGCUGCGCGAGAUCGCGGAGGACUACCGCCGGAGGGGCGCCCGCGACAAUGACUUCGUCGUCCCCUUCUCGACGCUCUCGACGAACCUCAUCAGCGGCGGCAACGCCAUGAACACUGUGCCGGCGCUGUGCGAGAUCGGCUUCGAGUUCCGCAACCUUCCACGCGAGCCCCUCGCCGCGGUGGAGCAGCGGGUGCGGGCGUACGUGGAGACGGAGCUGCUGCCGGCGAUGAGGGCGGAGCUUGCGGACGCCAAGGUCGAGAUCACGCAGGUGGAGGCGAUUCCGCCCUUUGAGGGCAGCGAGGAGGCGCCCAUCACCAAGCUGGCGCGCGCCCUCACCGGCCACCACACGGUGGAGAAGGCUGCUGGCGGCACGGAGGCGGGGCACUUCAGCGGCAUCGCCGGCGCCCCAACUGUGGUGUGUGGGCCCCACGGCGGGGCUGUCCACUGCGCAAAUGAGUACAUCACCGCCGCGCAGCUGACGAAGUGCCGCGAGUUUCUGCUGAAGGUGGCGGAGAGCCUCAAGGCCCCCCCUGCCCGCCUGUGA